CCCCGGUUGAGAGGGGAAAGGAGGCGAAGUCGCGGUUGCAGUUUAGAACUUUGCUUUUCCUGGCCUAGUGUUUGCCUUACAGAGACCAGAGUGCCCAGCAGUUAAAUUCUCAAGCAAAACAAAUGCCAGCGCCAUGGCGACUGACACCUUGCCUUCUAACAAAAAAACUGGCAGAACAUGAUUGACUUGGUGAUGACAAAAGAAGACCUUGUGUUAGCAGAUUCAUUUCCUGAAAGUGAUCAAGUUGCAAAAUUUGAAGAAAAGAUUAAGAACAAAGACAAAAUCAUCCAGAAAUUGCAGUCAGAGGUUGAACAUCUGCAAGCUAUAAACCAUGACUUGGAGAAACAUGUUAUGAAACUGCUUCACAAUAAGGUGAAAGUAACAACUCAAGUAGACAACUUAGCCAGUAAGAAUGAAUAUCUAUGUAAAGAACUUGCUCAUGUUGACAAGGUAGCUGAACAGCUGGAAAAAGAAAAAGAAUUCGUACUGGAUAGUGCUGACAAGGAACUUGCUGAAGCAGAGUCUCAAAUUAAAUGCCAGAAAAACACUAUACGGAAAAUGGAACAUACAAUCAACAUUCUUAGAUCUGCUGCUUUAGAUAGUGAAGAAUCAGAGGAGUGCUGUCAAUCAAGGCUUGACAAAUGUAUAAAGACACUGGAAGAAGAGAGAGAUUAUUAUAAAGCUGAAGCUGUGAAUUUGAAGAAGAUGCUUCGAAAUAAAUCUUCCAGUCCUAAGCGAAGCCCUUCUCAUUCUAUGUCAAAAGUUUCCUCCCCUAUUCAGGGGAGCAGCUCAGAUCCAGAAUUUCUAAAUGUCUUGAGAGAGCGUGAAGAACUGAAGUGUAUGCUGGAAAAAUAUGAACGUCAUAUGGCGGAAAUUCAGGGAAACGUCAAGGUCCUAACAAAAGAAAGAGACAAAAUAAUCUUUCUUUAUGAUCAGGCACAGGAAGAAAUAAGUCGACUGAGAAAAGAAGCUAUCAAACCCCCCAGAACUUCUAAAUCUUCAAUGUCUGUUCAAGCGGUUUUAAGGCGUGUGGAGACAGAAAGAGAUGCAGCUAUUUCUGAUUUCCGAAGGAUGUCCACAGAACGUGAUAGCUUGAGAGAGAGGUUAAAGAUUGCUCAGGACACUGCAUUUAAUGAGAAAGCUCAUCUGGAACAGAGAAUUGAAGAACUGGAAUCAAAUGUUCGAAGUCUGGACAUUGAACGGUUAGAACAAAUAUCAAAAAUGUCUUUGAUGAAGGAGACUAUAGAGUCCAUAGAAAUGGAAAUGAAAAUAUUGGCGAGAAGGGCAGUGGAUUCAGAAACUGAGCUAAACAGACAACAAUCAACCUGUGCUAAUCUGAGUGUACUGAAUGAAAAAACAGAGCGGAGUCUUUCAGAGGCUCAACAACAACUUGCAAAGAAGAAAUAUGAAUUACAACUCACUCAAGAGAAAGUUAUGUGUCUGGAUGAAAAAAUUGAAAACCUUUCUAAACAAAAUGGUGUUCAACAAGAAGAAAUUUGUACACUUAAUGAAACAGUAGCAGAACUGGAUACGGAAAAGGAAUCUUUUCGGGAUCUUUUGGAUGAACGAACAGAGAAAAUUAUUGCCCUUGAGGAAAGCUUAGACAUUAAAGAAAAUACCAUUUUUGAUCUGAAGAGCAUACUUUCUGAUAUGGAACAUUCAUCAAAGCAUUCAGCUGAAGCACUCCACAUAUGUGAACAGGAUAUUACCAGACUACGCAAUAUGUUGGAAGAUGCUAACUCUGAGCUCACUCAGACUCGCAGAUGUAGAGAAUCAUUAGCUCAGGAGAAUGAGCGGUUACAGGAACAAAUUUAUGAUAAUAAGCAAGAUAAUCAGAUUCUGCAACAAAAACUUGUUGAUUCUCAAACUGAACUUGAUGAUAUGAAGUCGAAAUUUGACCGUUUACAUACGGACUUCGCAAGACUGAAGAACGUACUUAAUUCUAACGAGAAAGAUAAUCAAGAAUUGUUGGAGUACUACCGUAGGGCUAAUGAAAGGAUAAAAAAAUGGGAAUCAAAGUUCCAUCAAAUAGAAGCACAUUGUAACUCUGCCCGACUAGAACGUCUCAGUGUAGAAUCUGAGAGCCACAGGCUGAAAGAACAAACUGAGUCACUUGAAACAGAGAUUGGACAACAUUUAGCAACAGAAAAAGCCCACAAGUCACAGAUUUCUACUUUAGGCAAAUCUCUUGUGAAAAUUGAGGAGGAGCUUCACAAAGUCCAGCUGGAGAAAGUUGCAUUACUUUCAGAUUUGGCAUCUACACGGGAACUGUGCAUUAAAUUAGACACAAACAAAGAGUUAUUAACUCGCCAACUAACCACUUCAACACAGGAAAUAGAGCGUCUUCAGGGUCAAUGGGUGUCAUCUUGCUCAGAAAAAGAUCUCCUUAGAAAACAACUCAAUAAUGAAAGAAUUUCAAUUAAAAACCUGGAAACAUUGUUAGCAUCCAACCGAGAAAAGGAAUUUCAGUCUCAGAUGAUAAACCAGGAAAAAGAAUCUGAGAUUCAGCUUUAUAAAGAGCAGCUUUCUCUGGCUGAAGACAAAAUUGCUUCCCAUCGUCGAGAAUUUUCACAACUCAGAAAUACAGUAACUCAGCUAGAAUCUGAAUUAGAUAUCACCAAACGACAGCUGAGCACAGAACGCUUUGAAAGGGAGCGUGCAGUCCAAGAACUUCGCCGCCACAGUCUUACAGCUUCAUAUCAUUUAACUUCUACGAUAAGGCCACCUUCACCUGAACGUUCCUGCCACCGUUCACCUGACAGAACACUAGACCAAUCUUUGGAAGAGUGAGAAUGUCAUGUUGCUCCAUCAUGAAAAAAUGUGAGCUCCGGGCAAGAGGAAACAUUGUAUUCCUUAUUUUGUUUGUUGUAAAAACCUGCUAACAUAAAAUCAUAUAAAGAAAAGGACAUUUUGAUACAGCCUAAUGAAGGCCCUAUCAGAGGUCGUACAAGUCUAAACAAUUUAAGGCAAUAUUCCUUCUUGUCAAUAAAAAUAUAGCUGUUUCUCACCCAGUAA